AUGUUUGACGAGCCCUAUGCCUACAAAAAGAGCAAGGAAUUAAUCGCCAAUCAAAAUGCUAUCCGAAUUGCCGAGGGUUUUGCCGUCAUCGACGCCCGAGCGGAAAAUGGAAUCGAAGUCGGCUUUGAAGACUUCGAAAAAGAGGUGAGGGCGACCGUCAAUGAGCUUCGAUAUCUUGAACCCGGAAGCUCCGUCCGGGUAGACCCUGAUGAUCGAAGAAAGCUGAUCUCAACCAUCGUCGCGUUAUAUCAACUAAAAUGCGUGCCAGCAUUAACAAGGGAGGAUGCUCCGCCAUUUCAAGGAGAUCCGAACGAGCUGGCCUACCGUAUCUCCACUUCCGGCACCACGGGCGCUCCAAAGAUUGUUGAUGUGACUUGGCCGUCGAUCUUAGCCAAUGUAUCUGAUUUUGGACAUCGCUUCGGGAUCGAUUCGAGUGAUCGCGUGCUCUUCUCAACUUCGAUCUACUUCGAUCCAUCCAUCAUCGAAAUUUUCUUACCUCUACAAUACGGGUGUCAACUGAUUGUCGCUUCGGAAAGAGUACGAAGUUCGACUGAGGAAUUUUUGCGGCUUUUGCGACGCCAGAAACCUACGGUGAUUCAGGUAACCCCGGUCGUGUUGACCCUAUUGGGGCAGCCAGUGUUGGAAGAAAUUUUUCGGCAAGGAACUUCCGUUCGGAUAAUGUUGGUUGGCGGCGCGGCGUUUCCGCUUCAACUACUGCAGCCCUAUAUCCAACGGAAUGAGCGGGUUCGGGUCUUCAAUGUUUACGGCAUUACCGAGGUGUCCUGCUGGGCCAGCAUCCAGGAGAUCGACAGCCGAACUACCGAAAUUACUAUUGGUGAUCCAAUCUUCCGCACCGGUUUUGCGCUGGGCCAUGAUGGAGAGUUGCUAAUCACCGGCGAGCGGAAGUGCUAUAUUGAUGGUGUCCGCUCCAUCGCACCUGUACGCACCGGUGAUUCGGCUCUAAAAACGAAAUCCGGGGCUUACACUGUCGUAGGAAGAAAGGACGACCAGUUAAAAAUCAACGGCGUGAAAUUCCAUCCGGCGACGAUCGCUGAGAAAAUUGUAAGCAGCGGCUUUGCCAGGAAUGCCCAAAUUCUGACCUACAAGGAGAAUUUUUUAAUUCUGUUCGUUGAUGGCGCAGGGCAAAAUACCACCGACUUGGAAGCCAUUUUCCCAGCAUUUCUAAAACCGGCGAAAAUUUUUUUGUUGAAGGCAUUUCCGUUGAAUGCGAAUGGAAAGAUUGACAAAGAGGAACUGAUGCGGAUAAUCGAUCGAUAUUACAACGAAAACGACUUGAUAGGAAGAUUCUGGGAAUGUUGUUCAAGAUUUGGAAUCGACAGGGACUCCGAUCUUUUCCGAUCGUUCCAGCAUUACGGCGUUGACUCGCAAGGGGCGAUGAAAUUGGCAUUUGAGCUUUCUUUAUCCCAUUUGAUCGCGUCAAUAUUGGCCCCGUCGAAAUCCAUUUUUGAUUUUUUGGAAAUGUUGCAGGGGAUGGUUAGAGAUAAGAAUACAAGUCGUGAAGCCCCUGCGGAAGUGGUCCACCUAGACGCUCGAUGUGAAUGGGAGCACUAUUUCGAGAAAUGCAUUGAUGGUGAUCCGAAAAUUGUGGAUAGCAACGGCGAGACCCUGAUAUUCUGCGCAUCACACGCGGGCGUCGUGAAAUGUUUGAAGACAUCCGGAGAGGUCGCGUGGAGCCACGCACUCGGGCAACGAAUCGAGACUAGCCUCGCUAUAUGCGGGAAAUUUGUAGUAGCAGGGUCUCAUUCUGGAUCCGUCCAUUUUUUUCGAAUCCCGGACGGUGAAAGGCAUUGGACCUUCGAAACGGGCGAUCAGAUCAGAACCGAGCCCGCGCUCGAUCAGACUGACGGCCCAAUCUACGUGUACAGCUACAACAAAAAGUUGUUUAAACUCGAUUCAACAGCAAAAACGAUGCUAUGGAUGGCUGAAAAUAUUGGACUUUGCCCGGGAAGGCCGUUGGUUUUGCAGCAAUUUGUCCUGCUGGGGACAUUGGAUCGAAAAGUGCUGUUUUUGGACAAGAGUUGCGGCGCAAUAACACAAGAGUACGAAGUCGAUAGCCCGGUUUUUGCGCCCAUCUCCUCUCACGCUACGCAAGCAUACGUCUGUACAGUAAAUGGUACGAUCUAUGCGUACAAUACUGAAAGGAUGGAACAGGUGUGGAAACUCGAGCUCGGCACGCGAAUCUUUGCCCCGGUCGUCGUGGCGAAUUCUGAGAAUUUGUUCAUCUCCACCGAGGACGGGCGCGUAAUUAGAUGCGCCUGGGAUUCAGCGAAGAUGGAGCUCAGUCGGAGAGAUGAGGUACGAGUGGACGGGUCGCGUUUCGUGAAGGGCAUCUCCAGAAUCGAGCAUUUCGGUGCGGCGGCGUUACUCGUCUGGCAGCUGGAUGACAAGGGGCGUCUGCACAAAAUUGAAUUUGAUGAGCGACCACAGCGUACGGCCGUCUUCGCCCUCGCCGACGGCGCCGAGACGUUCGGGCAAAUUUGUUGGAUUGACGACGGACGUUUUUUAAUCGGCGCCAGGGACGAUUACCUGAGAAUGUAUCGAUUG